CUGUAAUCUCACAAACACGACCAGGCAUUUGGAGUGAAUACUCUUGCUGAUACAAAUACUGUAGUUUCUAUAUAUAAUGAAGUGCUUAGUACUCGUAUUCGCUGUAGCGAUAGUAGUUUUGCAAUGCGAAGGCAAAAGAUUUUCGAGAUGUGAGCUGGUUCAACAAUUAAGAGACCAUGGGUUCCCUGAGGCCAAAUUACGUGAUUGGGUUUGCCUUGUAGAGAACGAGAGCUCUCGUACAACGAACAAGAUUGGUAAAGUGAACAAGAAUGGAUCAAGGGACUAUGGGCUAUUCCAGAUCAACGACAAAUACUGGUGCAGCAACACCAGCAGCCCUGGGAAGGAUUGUAACGUUACUUGCUCGGAUCUUUUGGUAGACGACAUAACGAAAGCCGCUACUUGUGCUAAGAAAAUUUUCAAACGUCAUGGUUUUAACGCUUGGUACGGCUGGAAGAACCACUGCCAAGGCAGUUUGCCUGACAUUAGCUCCUGCUAGAUGUAAUAUUUUAAAUGAUCUGUACGCUAAAUUUAAAGCAUAUGUACCAAAUCUUAUUAUUUGAAAAAAAUAUUGAAAUGUUAUUUAUUUUAUGUCGAAUAAUAUAAUGUGGAAAAAAUAGAGACUGAUAAAAAUACAA